AUGCCUGGACUAAAAGUCGUCGCCCUGAUAUCUGGAGGGAAAGACUCCUUCUUCUCUAUACUCCACUGCCAUGCAAACGGACACGAGGUCGUCGCUCUCGCAAACCUGCACCCAACCACUCAAGAUGGCGAGCGAUCCGAGGAUAUCGACAGCUACAUGUAUCAGACUAUAGGACACAGCGUCAUUCCACUCUACGAACAAGCACUAUGUCUUCCACUCUACAGACAGGAAAUCUUGGGCGGGGUUGUGGAUAGCAACAAGAGCUAUGCUUCUCCCGCCGCCGCACAGCAGAGUGAACAAGACGAGACGGAGAGUUUGGUGCCUUUGCUGCGUAAAGUCAUGGCUGCACACCCCGAAGUCAAUGCCGUUAGUACUGGAGCCAUUCUCUCGGACUAUCAACGCACGAGAGUGGAAUCUGUGGCUAUUAGGCUGGGUCUGGUGCCUUUGUCUUAUCUCUGGCAGUACCCUUUCUUGCCGCCUUACAACGAGACUUCGCUGUUGGACGAUAUGGCUGCUGCUGGGCAGGAUGCUCGCAUCAUCAAGGUCGCCUCGGGAGGACUUGAUGAUGGCUUCUUGUGGGAAAACGUGGCCAACUACCGUACCAAGGCUAGACUUGUGCGGGCGAUGGAGAGGUUCGGUAUCAUUGGUGAUGGUGCUGCGCUUGGCGAGGGAGGAGAGUUUGAGACCCUUGCGGUAGAUGGACCGUGGCCGUUAUGGAAGAACUCGAUUCAGGUUGACGAUGAUGAUAAGAUGGUCGUAACUGGAGAAGCAGGAGCUGCGUCUCUAAGAAUCAAGACUGCACGUCUGGUACCAAAAGAGUCAUCCUCGGACUUUUCAUAUGAGCAACUGCGGAAACCGACGACACUGGAUGACAAGUUUGCAGCACUGGAAUCACGAAUGGACGAGAUUCUCGAACGAACUCCAGAGGCCUCUGAUGAAGCAGCAGAGAAGACAGAAGCUCUAAGCCCAACCUCUGAAUGGACGAUUCAAACAACAGAUGCUUGCACUGUCAUCUCAAACGCAAUGGCAGACGGAAAUUCAGCAAGAGAGCAAAUGUCCAACAUUAUGAACCGCUUGCUCAAGGACCACAACGUCAAGCCCUCUUCAAUCGCUUUCACCACCAUCCUUCUACGAAACAUGUCCGAGUUUGGCGCAGUAAACCUGGCAUACGGAUCCCAAUUCACCACUCCAAACCCGCCAGCGAGAGUCACUAUCGCCUGUGGCAGUACACUCCCAGCUAACAUCCAUGUUUCUCUAUCAGUGAUGAUACUGAACGAUGACAUAGCAGCACAAAAGCAAGGUCUCCACGUACAAUCUCGCUCCUACUGGGCUCCAGCAAAUAUAGGUCCCUACUCCCAAGCCAUCAUCACACCGUCUUCUGCCUCCUCGUCGCCCCAACUCAUUCACAUUGCCGGACAAAUCCCUCUUCACCCACCUACAAUGGACUUUCCAGCACAAGGAGACUUGACUUCGGAAGCACACUUUGCAGCCCAAGCUCUUCUGGCUCUGCAACAUCUAUGGCGUAUAGCUCAAAUCAUGCAGACUUCACACUUCCUCGGCGCUGUUGCAUUCAUCGCCUCUACUGCCAGCACAUCUGCGCAAUCUCGAGUAACCGCCGCAUUGCAGAGUUGGAAAUUAGCUCACCAACCCCCUGUUAUAGAGGAAGCAGAAGAACAAGAUGACGAACACUUUGACGUGUGGGAUCAACGUCAAUUCGGCAAUACAGGAACUGCGACAACGUCUACUAAACGCAAGGAUAUCGUGAACGCAUCUGCUCCACCGUGUUUUGUGGCCGAGGUGGAGAGUUUGCCUAGGGAUGCGCCGAUAGAGUGGGCGAGUGUUGGUGUCAAGGCUUUGGAUGGCUUUAUGGAGACCANNAAGGUAUGCGAUGUUUGCCCUCUUUUCUUGUAUGAUUUUGAUUUUGUUGCUAACCGAGACAAUGCAGAAACCAAGGAGGAAGUAUGUACGAGACAGACUUUGAACAUCAGGUCUGGGCUCAAGGAAGUAGAUUUGGCUGGUUGGAUUGCAGUUGACACCGUUGGUGAUUUGACUAAGGUGAGUCCGCCGGUAACGCAGGUCUGCACUGUGUAUACUACGCAGAUCUUGCCUGAAGGGUGGGUGAAGGAGAGACAGCCUACCAUCGUUCCAUGCUACAAAAUCUGGGAUGGGCGCGGGCAACGCGUGGCUGCUGUCGUCGCAUAUAGACAGCAGUGA